GAGAGGAGGGAUGGUGUUGGUGUUGGUGGUGGAGGACUCCCGCUUCUCUCGCGCUGGCGGCCCGGGAAUCACGCGCCAUUGAAGGGGGGUGAUGUUGUGCAUGCGCUUUGGCUUCCCUGUCGUGCACGCUCGGGUCGGUCGAUGCGAGCACACUGGCGUGGCUCUCGGCCUCCAUUUGCCAGUGUGUGUUUAUGUUCGAGGGAUUCACCGAGGCCGCGUCUUUUAACGGCGACGACGACGCGCAACAGUUGGAGUUUCCGCCGUGAACGCGGUCACCGUGGGGCCACGAGGGAUUUAACCGACGUCGAGAAGGUAUCAAAUGAAGUGUGACAGCCACAGCAACUGGUGAUGCCUACGACAGACUCCAAUCUCACAUCAAUGGAGGACCCCCAUGCACUGGAGGCUGAGGAGGGGAGCUCGACUAAUGUCCCCUCCUCAGUUCCUCCCACUGCUGUCCCUUCUUCUCCUCCUGAACCAACCACUACGAGACCUAACAUCCCCAGCGAGACGGAGAUUGAGAACAAAGCCGUCUCCAUGGCAAGUAAUGACUGUAGCUCAGCUCUCUCCUCACCUGCUGAAGCCAGCCCAGCCAAGCCUGCUGCAGCGUCACCUACGGCCUUUGAAGGGAGUGUUGAAACAAGCCCAGCUACCUCACACAUCACAUCAGCAUCAGACUCUCUAACAUGCACGGGGACAAGCCUUGUCAACAUAUCAGAAUCACUACCGUCGUUAUCUGGGUUGCCAUCUAAAACGUUUGGUGGUCCAAACCCGGAAAACGCUUUUCCUGCUGUGUUGACCUUCAAAGGUGUGAGUGUCACUCUGGAGAAUAACAGUGUGUGGAAGCAGUUUAACAGCUGUGGAACUGAGAUGAUUCUCACUAAACAGGGCCGCCGCAUGUUCCCGUACUGCAGGUAUCGCCUGGCUGGCCUAGAUCCUGAGCGGCAGUACAGUCUGGUCCUUUCCAUUGUUCCGUCAGACCAGUACAGGUACCGCUGGAGCACGACUAAAUGGGAGGUCAGUGGACGAGCAGAGCACCAGGCCCAGGGUCUGAUCCGGGCAUUCUCCCACCAUUACUCCCCCUGCCGAGGCUCAGACUGGAUGGGUAGCUUGGUGUCCUUUUACAAGCUCAAACUGACCAAUAAUGUCCAAGACCAGGAUGGUCAUAUAACCCUGAACUCCAUGCAUCGCUACAUUCCUAGACUACAUGUGAUACCUGUCCCAGAUGGGGUCGCACCCACACCUGACCAGCCUGUGGUGGUGGGACCAGAGUGCAUGACCUUCACUUUUCCACAAACUGAAUUCAUGGCUGUGACGACUUACCAGAACUUUCGGAUCACGCAGCUGAAAAUUAAUCACAAUCCGUUUGCAAAAGGCUUCAGGGAGGACGGGAACAACCCCCGUCUGAAGCGGGUCACUACAGACGGGCAAGUUCUGGUGAAGACGGACGCUCAGCCGUCUAUUUUAAAACUUGCAGAGCUCAGUGAAAACAAGACAGAGGAAGCUGAUAAUCUGAGUGUGAAGAAUGACACCGUCCCUGCUUCUCCCUCAAAUGAGCAAGAGACCAGACUGGUCCUGAAGCCCAUAAUGUCCUCCUCCUCCAACAACAGUGAUCCAUAUGUCCCCUGUAUAAGAGGCAAACAUGCCCUCGGUGAGCUUGUGCUUGUCCAAAAACGUCCACUCGUGGAGCCAAAGGAAGAAGCUGAUGCCGUCAGUAAAACCCCAAAGCUGGAGCAAGGCAUUGAAACAACGCCUGAAGCAACAUCCAUGACUCCCACUUCCUCCACGUCUACCCCGGCAUCAUCACCCGGGUACCACAAGAGGAGGAAGAGGAUUAACAGACGUUGGGGGCAUUCUCGGGGAAGAGAGUGGAAAGCUGCGGCUGCCUCCCCCACGGUAGCCCACAGCCCAUCAUCGACUGUCGCUAUGCAACCAGAGCUGGAUGAUGUAGAGGGCCUGCUGUUUGUGUCAUUUACCUCAAAGGAAGCUCUUGAGGUUCACGUUGGGGAGCAGCCAGUCAGUAGCACACCAUCAGCAUCUCCAGUUUCCCUAACGACACCGGUGCAGUUGAAGGAAAAAGUGGAGGUGAUUCCAGAGACAGAUGAGGAGAAGAUAGCCCGCCUGGAGGUCGUCCUGCUGCAGGACCUCAGGGCUCUCAAACACAGACAGGUCAUCCAUCCUGUGCUGCAGGAGGUGGGCUUGAAGUUGAGCUCCCUCGACCCGACACAGUCCAUCGACCUGCAGUAUCUUGGUGUUCGUCUGCCGUUACCUCCUCCAAACAUACCAGAACAAGGCAAUACCACAGCUCAGUCUCCUGGUGAUGAGGGAUUAUCCUUCAUCUCCCGCACAGGAAAGACGAGUGACAUGACAAAAAUAAAGGGAUGGAGAAACAAGUUCAUAAGAAGCAAAGAACCGUCUCUUCCUAACUGCGAUGGAACACAAAAGAAUCUGUCUGCCUUCUGCAGCAACAUGUUGGACGAGUACUUGGAAAGCGAAGCUCAGAACAUUAGUGAGCGCGCUGCUGCCUUCUCCACUCAUUCAGAGGACUCAGUGGCCUAUCAGCUGCCGGCUAAGAGCUCCAGCUACGUUAAGACCCUGGACAGCGCACUGAAGCAUCGAGAAGCUGCUUCCAGACUCCCCGUGGAGGCCAACAAACCCUGCCCCCUUUCCUAUAAACCUCUCCUCUACUCUGCUCUGAUGUCACCCACUCCUCCUCUGGCCCACCCUGUUCAAGACAGAGCUCCGUCUACACAGCAGUCUGCAUCAUCAGAUGUGCAGCCAGGAGCACAGAGAUUAUAUACAUACGAUCCAGCGGCCAGCCAGAGACCAGCGGUGAGCUGUGGGCAGAACCAAGUGAUGACACACAGACCUAUAGGCUUCACUAAGUUCCAGUUCAAACUGUACCAGAUGGAGAUUGGAGCUCUGAACGAGGGCCUGAGCAAAACACAGCUGACUGAGGAUAGGCUGAAAGUGGCUCUGUCUGUAAUGCUGACAAAACAGAUGCCGCCCAAUCAGGCGUUGAAAUUAGCCCAGUAUCCAAGGCAUAAAUCCACAGUACCUGAAUGUGGUCAGGAGUUCUGCACCCUGGGCUGUGUGUGUUCCAGUCUGCAGCAUCCGAACAGAGGUCCUCUCCACUGCCGGCGGCCUGAAUGCAUGUUUGGCUGUGCCUGCUUCAAACGCAAGAUCACCAAGCAGCUGAGCGCGGGGGAGAGUGAAGAAGAGAUCCAACCUGUUUACUCUGUGACUAAUAUGGAGCAUGUGGUCCAGCCUGGCCCGGGCUCCCACGCUAAUAAACUGUGGAACCACGACAUUGAUAAUGAAGAUCCAGAGCCACUCUUCGCCCCCGAACAUGCUCCACUGUGGUUGCCAAUGUCAAAGUCCCUAAAACGCGGCUGCAUACCUCGUCCAACACAGCCGAUUCGAGAAGAGGACAAGGAUCCGGUGUAUAAAUACCUGGAGAGCUUGAUGACUUGUGCACGAGUAAGAGAGUUUAACAGCAAGCCUCCAGAUGAAGUCACCAUUGAGCCCAAGGUCCUUGACGCUCCUACGACGACAACGACGACGAUGACAACCGCCACUGAUAGCCAGCCGAAAAUGUACUACAGAAGUCUACUGACUGGUAAAAAAGCAGCAGAAAGAGCUGCUCAGACGACGACAUCCAGUGAAAAGGAAGCAAAGAAGCAAAUUGAGAUACAGUCAGCGUGCCAGUGGAAGGUGGACCGCAAAAAAAUCCUGGAAACUUUAUGUCGACGACUGAAACACAACAGGCUGUGUCGGCGCUUCUACAUAGGACCUUACCGCAUCCGCCCCAUCGCCAAGAUCUUCAUGCAGAAGCCCAGCGGCUCCAUCGUCACCUUCAGGAUACAAAUCAGUAAACCAGCAAAGGCCAGUGAUGUUGAUGAAGAUGACUUUGAUGACAGCGAUGAGGAACAGCAUGCUGGUAAAAACCGUGAUGGGGACAUCGAUGCAGAAGAGGACGAUUGCGAAAAUGAAGAGUCAGAUAUGCAGUUUGGAGUCACACCCUUUUUGAGUGGAGUGUUACCUGCCGGCAGACUGACAGCCAGGACCAAACCUGCUGGCUGCCAGGCGUACGGACUCAUACAGGUAAAUGGCAAAUCCUACAAUCAGGCCCGGCUGAUGCUGGGUAGCAUGGGGUCUCUACAUCCAGCCAACCGCCUUGCAGCAUUUGUCACAGGCCGACUGCUUCCUCCCAGUGGCAUUUCUCUUAAAAACUCUCGGACAUCAGAUGCUACAAACCAAAUCCCCACUGUUAGUGCUCUGCGCGUAAAGGCUGCUGGCACAGUCGUCCCUCCAGUUAUUACUGCACAGAAAGUCACUGAUCUGAAGACACCAGCACAACCACCAGCUCAGCUACUCCCGCCAGACUUUAAGCGAAAGAGCUCCAUCAACUUGGCGCAGCUGUUACAAAAGUCCAUCAACCGUUUUGUUCCAGACCAGCGCAGUUCGGUCAACCCCUUGCAGAACAGCUCCACACCCCCACCUGUCUCUCUCACCGUCUCACCAUCACUGAAAAGCCCCAGCUUCUUAGAACAGAGCGGGACUUAUUCAUUCAGGAUCUGCCCUCCAGCUAACCAGGGCACCAGAGGCCAGAACCUGCCAGGGGUGAUCCUGCCUGGGGGCUUUACACUUAUUCAACUCCCCAAGCCUGGAGCUGAUGGAGCUGCCUCAGAAUCUGGGAAUGCUACAGAUAUGGCUGCUGUGGACAAAGCCACACCACAAAAAGAUGCUUUUUUAAAUUUUGGCCACUUAGCAGCUCAUCCUGAUGCAAAGCGCCCUGGUUUGGACAACCUUACUGGAGCUAAGAAGCUAUCAGUGGAGCCUGGACCCUCCUCUGAGCUGACAUGUGAUGAGAAGAUGCCUUCAGAUGAUAGUCAUUACACCACCAGCAAGAAGGUGGAGUCAAACCUGGACAAUGCUUCAGAGGACUUGAACUUGAGCUCCGACUUCUCAGACUACUGCGGAGAGGGUGACGAAGACGACGAGGAGGUGGACAUUGAGACCGUGGAAGAAUGGAAACAAGGACAGGCCAUCGCUCAGAUGAGAGAAGCUGUCAGGAUGGCACUAAAGGAUUCACGUGAUUCCAGUGAUGGGUUUGGAUCAGCGAGGGAACUCGACGGCCAGGAUCAAAUGGACGAUGAACUCGAUGAGCAUAAGGAUAAUAAGAGGCGGAAGAACCACACGGCGCUGGAGAGGCAAAGACGCACUGAGCAACGGGUCCUCUUUGACAAACUCCAGACUAUCCUUCGGAGUGACCCCAGGGCCCCUAGGCUCCGCCUCCUCUCACAGGCUGUGAGAGAAAUCCAAAAUCUGGUUGAGACCUCCAGAAAUCUGGAGGAGAGGAAGAAGAGGCUGACUCAGAUGCAGUCUCUCUAUGUGAUGCAGCUCUCCCGUCUGUCUGGGAAGUCGGAAUUGGUGAUCAGACACAAGCUGAACGAGAUCUGCGACAGGCAGAAGAUGAGAGAGAAGACCAUGAAAUGGCAGCCUUUCUUCUCAAACCUACUCCAGUCCAGAGCAGCUUUUCUGCAAGCCACUAUGCCCCAGUCCAAGCUCCAGUCCACGCAACUAUCACAGUCUGACUUCAACUUGGCUUCAUCCCAGGCUAACGCAGUCACACAAGCAGUCCAAAAGAAGAUUAUGUCCCUGCUUCAGACCAACCUACAGAGGACUCCAGCCCCAUCCAGUGUACGUACACCUAUGCCUCCACCAUUUUCCUCUCCAGCCCAGGUUGAGGUCACUGCACCUUCACUACAAGGCGGUCAACCUCCGACAAAUGUAUCUCCUGUUGAGGGCCAACAGGCGAUACCUGCUGCUCCAGCCCAGAGCUCAGUCGCAGCUCCUGUCUGCCCUCCACAGCCCUUUGCUCUUCCUCUGAUUCGCUCCAAGACCGGCAGAAUUAUACUUCCAUCAUCUCUGAAACCAAUUGGUAACGGCCUCUAUACACUCACUGUUAUGGAACCCAAGCAGAAAGGAGGGGAGGGUAAGGUUAUUGCUUCACCUGUUACACAGCCCUCUGAUGUGGACAAGCUCAAGAACUCCUCUGACCGACCUUUGGAUUCAGAAAGCUGUCGUUCUUCUAAGGAGGAUGAAACGGUACAGUCCUCAAGCUCUAAACCAAAGCGUUCAGGUGCUAGCCCCCUGGUUAAGCUCGCCCUUCUUAACAAAUCAAUCUUUGUGCCUUCGGUGUCUCCGCAAGCUGCGGAGAGCAGCAACGAGGGGGGUGCACCGGCGGGUGUGAACAAAACAGCAGCAGCUCUCUGCUUGAGUUUCAAGGAGGUGAAACAGGUUCCCACUCCUGCUGAGCCUGAACCCAGCCCUCCUGUGGUCCGCCGUCCCAGAGGUAGGCCUCGAAAGCACCCCGUUAACCCUGUUGAUGAGAAUGAAGCGAAUAAUGUGGGAGAAGACGCCAGUAAAAGUGUCAGUAAAAGUGAAACAUCUGUUCUGAUUGAAGAGAAGCAAGAAAUUACUUCAGAGUUACCCAAAACGUCAAAGGAGGGCUCCCCAGCAAUGGUUAGUGAUACUCCUGUGCCGGUCAAACGAGGCAGAGGAAGGCCUCCGAAGAAGAAGUCUGAACUGCUAUGGAGUCCUCCAGGUGUGCGAGCAGGAAGUCCAUCUAAAUCCAGCGAGGGCAGCCCUGUCAGAUUUUCUAUCAGUUUUAAAAGCCCUGAUACUGGACCCAGAGAGGGGCCUUUGGGAGAUAUCAAUACAUCACGGCCAUUAACACGAGGGGCUUUAGGAAAGGACUUCCCGAGUGCCAAGAAACGCUCCUGGAUAGACGUAGAAAAGGAACUGGAACUGGAACCGGACGUUGAGUCUGAAUAGUCGUAUCUUCCCGUAGCUGCAAAAACCAAUGCACACAGUCAUUUGACCUCAGUAAAGCCUGAUUUAUGGUUGGGUGCUCGACACUUUUGAAGUGUCCCUCGAAAGAAAUUAAAAAGCAGUAUGUGUGUUUUAACUUAUAUACCAUAUAGCUAUCGAUUGAUCAGCUCCCAUUCUGUCUGUGAGCGGCAGAUUCCCCAUACUCACCAUAGUGAGCUGGGAAAUAAAAAUCAGUGAAUGCGCUGAGAUGGCGCUAUAGAGCCGCUACAAAGUCCCUCCUUUACACCACAAAACAACAGCGGCAUCAUUACACUCCAGUGUGUGAUUUUAGACAGUCUGCCGGCAUCGUGGACUCAAAAGAGGCAUGAGUAGCGUGACGUGAAACACAACAGCGUCUGCCGCUACUGUGACAUAUAACAUAUGUGUCUGCAGCACUUUAUAAACAAUAACAACGACAUAACAUGACAACAACAGUCAUUCACCGUCCCUGUUGUAUGGCGGUUGAUCUCGUCCUCUGCUCGGAGGGGAAGGAGCUCCCAGACCUCAUUGUUUUCCCAAUUGACCACUGUUCUUUUUUGAGUUAGCUGCUAACUGCUAUCAGCUACUUAUGUAUCAGCCCAUGAUCCUGUCCUGCCAGCUGUCCCCUUUCUACAGACAUCUUUUUGAUGCUGUCACUACCUCCGAUGCCAGCUUAAAGGCGAGACAACUCUGUCUGCGAACACGCUGUCUGCGGUCAUUGUGACUUGACCAGCGCACUUCGCUACGACCUACAUAGCUGUAGAAACAGGCGAUCUGCUCUACACUCUAAAACCAGCCGUUAGCGACUUGACCAGUUGAGUUACAGGUGACAAAAUUUCAUUCAUGUCAUUUCUGUCGAGCGACACUCAUCCAAAGUGCCGAAUGCCUGACCAUAAAUCCAGCUUACGUCUCAAGAGCUGGAUGCUGCUCUUUUCUGUAUCCUCGCACAAACCUCAGUGGACUGUUUUCAUACUGUAGAGAGAAGCUGUUUUUGGUAUAAAGAAUAUAAGAGGAAGCAUUAAUCGACCUGCUGACUGUAUGAAUGAAAUUAUUGAUAACUCCCACAUUCAGUUUUGACGUCAUGUUUUCUGAGACUAAUUUCUGUCACCUAUGUUGUUUAUAAUGAGAUGUAUUCAGAUCAUGUGUUCUGUUUAUGUCUGAUCUGUUUUAUGCAAAUGAAAAUAAAACUCUACAGAUUACGUAAUUCCAGUUUGUUAAGCCUUACAGUGUAAGAUUAAUAUCUGUAUCCUGUAUAAGAUCAGACAACACACUGCUUCAUUAACUCUGUAUGUUAACUUAUGUGUUUCCGUUUUUAUCGACAGCUAGUUUGAUGCAUAUCUGUCCUGAAAUUAUUGUUUUCCGUUAUUAACUCAGUGAAAAUCAUCUGUAGUAGCACUUUAUGUUUUUGGUAGACACCACCCAUGACGUCCGUCUUUGCUGUAGUCUGUAAAGUAGCAGUAGUGAUUUGUGUUCUGGGUUGUUCACUCAGCGAUAUGCAUUUAAACCUGAUGUGUUACAAACAGUCGAGAUAAAAGCUAUUAGCCAUAUAAUGUACGUAUGAGAAUAACCUGUAAAUAUUGUAUUUCUUUUUUUAAUCGCAGUACAUUUUCUUUGUGGGUGUGAUUUUUGAAACACUGGUUGUCCUGUUGCUUCAGUUGAAUUAAAAAUGUAAAAGAAAUAAUGUGGCCUUUAAAAUCAAUAAAACGUCAUGUGUUUAUGAAUGGACUCUUAAGUCAGUCAAAAACAAGGCAUUUU